UUAUCAAUAGUAACAGAUUCACUUUGAGUCAAAGGGAUGAUACUACUACUCGUCUCUAACGUGAUGGGCGGCAUCGUAGAAGCAAGGGAAGUGAUAGUUUCUUCUCUGCUGGACAUGGAUGGUGGUAGAAGCUAUGAUACAAUUUUGCACAACGCGUAAAAACCUGAAGAUACAUGUAGUGCUUCGGACUUACUACCACUUGCUAUAAGAGUGGUU